CCGAGUGGCUGCGUGCGCGUGCCCUCCCCGCGCGUGCGUGCGUGUGUGUGUAUGUGUGUGAGUGUGCGUGAACAAAGAGUGUGUGUGUGUGAGUGUACUGUGAACCAGUGAACAAGUGCCACGCAUUUCCAAGGGAUUUACUUGGAGGGAAGAGGCGAGCCAAGGGAUUACUUACGACAGGCCGCCUGCGAAACGUGCAGGGCUCAACCCUCGUCAAGGUUGGGCUAUGCAUACGCCUGUUUGAGGCGGCAGGCGCGCGGUGGGGCGGGCAGACAUGCUGCUCGACACGCGGACGAGGACGAGGACCAAGACGAGGGGCGCGCUGAGGGGCCGCCAUGAUCCUGGGUCUCAUCGCCGCCACGGCCGCCUUCAAGACGAGCCUGUGGGUGGUGCCGCUGCUGCUGGCCUCGCUGGCCUACUACCGCUACGACCUGGUGGACCCCGAGAGCAAGCCCUUCGACCAGCGCGUCCUCUACAAGGAGUAUGACUUCGUCGUGGUCGGCGGCGGCUCGGCGGGGGCCGUGGUCGCCAACCGACUCUCCGAGGUGCCACACUGGAACACGCUGCUGCUGGAGGCGGGUCCCGACGAGAACGAAAUAUCCGAUGUGCCAUCGCUGGCUGCGUACCUGCAGCUCACUGACCUGGACUGGCAGUACAAGACGGAACCCACGGGCAAGUCCUGCCUGGGCAUGAAGGGCGGCCGCUGCAACUGGCCGCGCGGCAAGGUCCUCGGCGGCUCCUCCGUGCUCAACUACAUGCUGUACGUGCGCGGCAACCGGCGGGACUACGACCACUGGGAGCAGCUGGGCAACGAGGGCUGGGGCUACAGCAACGUGCUGCACUACUUCAAGAAGAGCGAGGACAACCGCAACCCCUACCUGGCGCGCACGCCGUACCACGGCCGCGGCGGCUACCUGACGGUGCAGGAGGCGCCGUGGAAGACGCCGCUCGUGCUGGCCUUCGUGCAGGCCGGCAGGGAGCUGGGCUACGACAACCGGGACAUCAACGGCGAGCUGCAGGACGGCUUCAUGAUCGCGCAGGGCACCAUCCGGCGCGGGUCGCGCUGCUCCACUGCCAAGGCCUUCCUGCGGCCCGUGCGCACGCGGCGCAACCUCCACAUCGCCAUGCGCGCGCACACCACGCGCGUGCUCAUCAACCCCGCCACCAUGAGGGCGUACGGCGUCGAGUUCGUGCGCGGCGGCAAGCGGCAGGUCGUCCUGGCCAGGAAGGAGGUCAUCAUGUCCGCCGGCGCCAUCGGGUCUCCGCAGCUGCUCAUGCUGUCCGGCGUCGGCCCCAAGGAGCACCUGCAGCGCGUCGGCAUCCCCACGCUGCGCAACCUCCGCGUCGGCGAGAACCUCCAGGACCACGUCGGCAUGGCGGGCAUGACGUUCCUCGUGGACCCGCCCGUCACCAUCGUGCAGAACAGGUUCCAGCCCGUGGCCAUCACCACGCAGUACGUGAUGCGCGAGCGGGGGCCCAUGACGACGCUGGGCGGCGUCGAGGGCCUGGCCUUCGUGCACACCAAGUACUCCAACCGCUCCGACCACUGGCCCGACAUCCAGUUCCACUUCGCGCCCGCCUCCAUCAACUCGGACGACGGCGUGCGCGUGCGCAAGAUCCUGGGCAUCACGGAGCGCGUGUACGACGCCGUGUACCGCCCCAUCGCCAACCGCGACACCUGGACCCUGCUGCCGCUGCUGCUGCGGCCCUACUCCAGAGGCUGGAUCAAGCUGCGCAGCAAGAACCCCUUCCACUACCCCGUGAUCCAGGCCAACUACUUCGACGACCCCCGCGACAUGGCGACGCUCAUCGAGGGCGUCAAGUUCGCGCACCGCAUCGCGGGCGCCCACUCGUUCCGGCCGUUCGGGUCGCGCCUGCACCGCCUGCCCAUCCCCACGUGCGCCAAGUUCGGCUUCAACACGGAGCGCUACUGGGAGUGCGCCAUCCGCCACAUCACCAUGACCAUCUACCACCCGGCCGGCACCUGCAAGAUGGGCCCCGCCUGGGACGAGGCCGCCGUCGUGGACCCCCGCCUGCGCGUGCACGGCGUGCAGGGGCUGCGCGUCAUCGACGCCUCCAUCAUGCCCACCAUCGUGUCCGGCAACACCAACGCCCCCACCAUCAUGAUCGGCGAGAAGGGCGCCGACAUGAUCAAGGAGGACUGGGGCGGCCUGCUGGCGCUCCUGCUGGCGGCGGCGCUGCUGCAGGCGGCCGCGGCGCGCGACGACCACGAGCAGGACGACAAGCCCCUCAGCAUCCUGGAGAGCACCAUGCUCAUGUUCGCGGCGCAGCAGCAGUCGGGCAGCCAGCAGGACACGCCGGAGCAGGGCCAGUCCGCCAAGGAGUACGACUUCAUCAUCGUGGGGGCGGGCACGGCGGGCAGCGUCCUCGCCAACCGGCUCACCGAGGAGGGCGACUGGCGGGUGCUGCUGCUGGAGGCGGGCCGCAGCGGCAGCUUCGUCAUGGACAUCCCCCUGGUGGCGAGCUACAUCCAGUUCAGCGACGCCAACUGGAAGUACAAGACGGAGCCCAACCUGCAGGCGUGCCUCGGCAUGGAGGGCCGCCGCUGCAACUUCCCCCGAGGCAAGGCCAUGGGCGGGUCCUCGCUGCUCAACUUCAUGAUCCACUCGCGCGGCAACCGGCGCGACUACGACGGCUGGGCGGCGCGCGGCAACGAGGGCUGGUCCUACGCCGACGUGCUGCCCUACUUCCGCAAGAGCGAGUCCGUGCACCGCGACGUGGCCGGCGACCCGCGCUUCCGCGGCGACCGCGGCCCGCACCCCGUCACCAUGCCGUCGUGGCGCACGCCGCUGGCGGAGGCCUUCGUGCAGGCCGGCCCCGCCACCGGGCAGCGCGUCGUCGAGGACUACAACGGCAAGACGCAGACCGGCUUCGCCUACCUCCAGGUGAGCAUGCUCAACGGCACGCGCGUCAGCGAGGCGCGCGCCUACAUCAACCCCGUGCGCAACAGGAGGAACCUGUUCGUGCGCAAGCAGGCGCUCGUCACGCGCGUGCUGGUGCACCCCGUGCUCAAGCAGGCCUACGGCGUGCAGUACCAGGCGGGCCGCCGGAACGUGACGGUGCUGGCCAGGAAGGAGGUCAUCGUGUGCGGUGGCGCCAUCAACUCUCCGCAGCUGCUCAUGCUGUCGGGGCUGGGCCCGCGGCAGGACCUGGAGGCCGUGGGGGUGCCCGUGCUGCACGACCUGCCCGGCGUGGGCCGCAACCUGGAGGACCACAUCGCGCUGGGCGGACUCACGUUCGUCGUCAACCAGAGCGUGUCGCUGCGCGGCGACCGCGUCUACAGCGACCCGCGCUUCUUCAGCGACUACCUGAGCUACCACACGGGCCCCGCGUCCAUCCCGGGCGGCUGCGAGGCCGUGGCCUUCUACGACCUGCAGCACCCCGACGACCCCGACGGCUACCCGGACCUGGAGCUGCUCUUCCAGGGCGGCUCGCUCACGUCGGAGCCGGUGCUGCACAAGGCCUUCGGCAUCGACCCCAAGCUGUACGAGGCCGUGUACAAGCCCAUCGAGGCCCUGGACAGCUGGAUGGUGUUCCCCAUGCUGCUGCGGCCGCGCAGCAAGGGCCGCAUCACGCUGCGCAGCUGGGACCCGCUCAAGGCCCCCGCCAUCUACCCCAACUACUUCGAGCACCAGGAGGACCUGGACGUCAUCAUCGAGGGCGUCAAGCGCGCCAUCCAGGUGGCCGAGUCCGAGCCCUUCCGCAAGUUCGGCACCCGCCUGCACGACGUGCCCAUCCCGGCGUGCGCCAGGUACGGCUUCGGCUCGGACGCGUACUGGGGGUGCGCGGCGCGGCACCUCACCUUCACCAUCUACCACCAGAGCGGCACGUGCCGCAUGGGCCCCGAGGGCGACGCCGAGGCCGUCGUCGACCCCCGCCUGCGCGUGCACGGCGUGCGGGGGCUGCGCGUCGUCGACGCCUCCGUCAUCCCCGUCAUCCCGGCCGGACACACCAACGCCCCCGUCAUCAUGAUCGCCGAGAAGGCGGCCGACAUCAUCAAGGAGGACUGGGGCCGGCGCGAGCACGGCGCGCCCGUCGAGUAGGGCACCGUCGACGAGGUCGCCGACGUCGCCAAGCAGACCGUCACCAGAGUGACUGCACUGGUAGAGGGUGGUCCGAUUUUCGGACGGGGCCAAAUCAGAUCGCACCGCAUUUAGCCUGAUUUCCGACCUGGGUCGUCUGUUUUCGAAGCCACAAUGCGUAAAUCGAACUUUCCACCGCCGAAAAUUGAGCUAGAUGUGGCACGGUCCGAUUUCGAACCCCCUUCUAACAGUGUGGUGUGGCCCUGACGGCGCCCUCCGGCCCGGCCUCCCGUUCAGACCGUUCCGAAACCUGGAGAUGCAGGAACGCGGCCGGCGAGGACGAGUUUUUAAUUCGGCAGCGCGUUCGCCGUUCAAAGUCCCGACAAGUCCACGACUACCCUACCGCCACGACCAAUUAGAGACCGGACGACGGAGUACAAAAUCGCGCGGGACAUCGCCUUGCGCGGAAUCCAAACGGCCCGCGCGGCCCGUUACGGCAGAGUGGUUCCGUCGCUCUGUCUCUCUCGCACUCGCGGAGCUCUCGGCAAGGGUGCGACAGAGACGGAGCGACAAACCGCUCCCCUGAAUCACACACAAGCAGCCCCCCAUCGACGCCUUGCCGACGCGGAGCCCGUCUCCGAGCUCAUUUGGCGGCGGCGUCGCUCUGUCUCUCUCGCACUCGUUGGGGCGUCCGGCAGGGGUGCGAGAGAGACAGAGCGACGAGAGCAGCACUCGGAUCGCUCCGUCCACCCGCCGUACAGCGGCCAUACAGUGGCCAGGACUGUUGGGCAAGUCCGACACGAUGCAGUAACGGUACAAAAAAAAAAAAAAAAAA